GUUCCUGACUUCAGGAGGGAGGUCUGCCGUGCAUCUCUGCAGAGUGUUUGCACUCUGUGUGUGUCUGCGUUCCCAUAGGAAGGGAUUUGUGAUCUGACUGGACAAAGUUUCAUUAUACUAGUGAAGUUUCCAAGCCUUUUCUACUUUGAAGAGUUUUUAAGAAUUCCUUCUGACACUCUCUUCCUGGAGGAAGAAAUGCCUCAUCACAGCGUCCUUCGCCUGGUCCUGCUGAUGCUCUCUGGAGUUGUGGUCCCUGCUGUUCUAACAGCAGAGUAUCCCCAAGGACCUGCCCCCACGCUGUGGAACGAGCCGCCGGAGCUGCCGUCGGGAGGGGGCCCCUUUGAUGCCGCCACCACCAUGGGUCGCUUCUCGGACUCUACAGCCUUCCCCCCGUACACCUCGGAGUAUGAGCCUGAGGACACCACCCGCCUGCACCGUCUGGAUGAUAACGGGUCUCUGGGUCCUGGAGCCAUCAGUGCCAUCGUAAUCGCUGCUCUCCUAGGCACAUCUGUGAUUGUGGCCCUGAUCGUCAUCACCCUGCGAAAAUUCUCUGCCUCCUGAACUGAAUAAAAGCUUUUUCCUAAUA